CCUGGCCUGGCGCGCGCCUCAGGUCGCGUGUCCGAGGAGCUGGCCCUGGGAACACCAUGUGGACCUUGGGCAUGAUUCACACCAUGGGAACAUGGAGAACCAUCAUCAGGAGAAGAGCAUCACAUUCUGUGAGUCAGUGUGCCGCGGGGCUCAUCAUGAAGCGGGCUCUGGCUCUGAUCGGCCUGGCCUUCCUGUCGGUGCUCCGGGCUGGGGGCGCUCAGCAGACGGUGGACGACACCUGCUCCGUGCAGAUUCUCGUCCCCGGCCUCAAAGGGGAUGCUGGAGAGAAGGGGGACAAAGGUGCACCAGGACGGCCUGGAAGAGUCGGCCCCACGGGAGAGAAAGGAGACGUGGGUGACAAAGGACAGAAAGGCGGCGUGGGGCGCCAUGGAAAGAUUGGUCCCAUUGGUUCUAAAGGUGAAAAAGGAGAUUCUGGUGACAUAGGACCCCCUGGCCCUAAUGGAGAACCAGGCAUCCCGUGUGAGUGCGGCCAGCUGAGGAAGGCCGUCGGGGAGACGGACAACCAGGUCGCCCAGAUCACAGCGGAGCUGAAGUUCAUCAAACACGCCGUCGCCGGCGUGCGCGAGACGGAGCAGAAGAUCUACCUGCUGGUGAAGGAGGAGAAGCGGUACGUGGACGCACAGCUGGCCUGCCAGGGCCGGGGCGGCACGCUGGGCAUGCCCAAGGACGAGGCCGCCAACGGGCUGCUGGCCGCCUACGUGGCGCAGGCCGGCCUGGCCCGCGUCUUCAUCGGCAUCAACGACCUGGAGCGGGAGGGCGCCUUCGUCUACGCGGACCGCUCGCCCAUGCAGACCUUCAGCAAGUGGCGCAGCGGGGAGCCCAACAACGCCUACGACGAGGAGGACUGCGUGGAACUGGAGGCCUCCGGGGGCUGGAACGACGUGGCCUGCCACCUCACCAUGCCCUUCCUCUGUGAGUUCGACAAGGAGCACGUGUAGCGGGGGCCCCGCUGCUCCGGGGUCGGCGGGCGGCUGCCGGCUGCCACCGCGGGCGGGAGGCUCUGCCCGCCGCGUGGUCCCCAAGCAGGAGUGCGGGGGCCCCGGUAAAGGCUCCUUUUCUGGAUCUUAGAGAAUGGUGCAUGCUUAGGCGAAAAAGAGGAAAAAAAAAGUGUUUCUGGGUAUUAUUUCUGAAGAACUAAAGUUUUAUUAUUUGUAGUGUAGACAAAAUGUUCGUUAUGUAAUUAUUACUCAGAAUUGCUCUUGGCUUUGUGCAAAGUA